AAAUUGAACUUCUAUUUUCGAAUAAUGCAAGGAACAGGACAGCGAAAACAAUGUAAAAUUUAAACAAGGCUGGGGAAAAUUUUUAAAACAAAAUGGUGCGUCAAAAUAAAUGAUCGUGAAUUAUGCUGGGAAGCGUAAUUUAAUUUUGACUUUCGAGCUUCUCAACAGAUAAUCACCAGAACUUUAUUCAAGACCAAUAAUAAUCUUUUAUAUAAGGUUCGAAUAAUAAUAGACCAAUAUCUCUUGGUAACUAAUAAUACAAAGAUAUUUCCCUUGCGUCUCAGAUUACGAGAUAUGAAUUGAGCGCAGUCUAGCGAUAAUGCUACACACUAACGUAGUGGAUAAAUAAUUACUGCUUCGGUACGGUUAGGUGAUGUAUCCGUGUGUGCCAGUUGCUACGCCAAUAUACGCAAUAUCUACGAAUCAACAACUUUUACCAGAAGGUAUGACUCCUUUGUUUGAGAAUAAGUUUUCGAGGUUGUUACCUCUCGUAGUCUGGGAGAGAAGCAACGGCUGGUACCAGUAUGUCAAAAUUCUGAAGAACAUGUCCAUAUGGGAUUUCAAACUAGGCAAGAUAUUUAUCUCUAGCCUCUUCAACGGAGUGAAUUGUAUCGGAAACUCCUCCAUUUUGAGAGAACCUCCAGAGAAGGUACUCGAUGUGUUAAAGCUUUAUGUUGCUCUUAAACUUGGAAGUGGUAUGGUUGUUACUUGCUCGCUAGCGUCCGACUUCAAAAGCCGGAUUAUGUCGAUGUACGAAUCAUUCUACACAGUAGUGGAUAAAGAAGAUAUGAUGAUGGAACCAUGCCCUCAGCUUUCGUACCGAGGCCUUCCCUGUAAUUCCGGUUUACCAGAGGUGGCCAGACAACGGGAACAUAGGUACAAAGACGAGGACUCGCCUUCUACUGGUAGUGCUGGAACAGCCCUGGUACGUCGCCCAGUGGCUUACCGUAUCAUCCAAGGCGCCGCGCAGAUGUGUGAUAAAUUCCUAGACUACGUGCCACUUAUCGGAAAUGAUACGUUUCCAUGGAUGUCUACAGCAGAGAGACAGUAAGAUUCUGUGUAAAAAUAUUUGCAGAAGGGCAGUUAUUUGAAUUUCGUAGCUGCCAGUAGCGUUUAGUAAUUGUAAAGCAGCUAGGUCAGAAUAUGAAACAAUAAAUUAUGAAACGGUACCAAAUAUGUCGAAUAUCUGAAGAUAACAGAAACAUUUCGAACGACAGUAACUUAAGGCCUUAAUAAAGAAAAAGUUUUGAGACAAAGUUUGUACU